AUGGCGAAGAGCAACCGUUCCAUUACUACCGGAAGAAGUUAUUCCGAUAGAUUCUCCGGAAGAGGGUCUUUCAGUAGAAGAAAAGUUCUUCCGGAGAAGCUACCGGAACAAGUUCUUCCGGUGACUGAGGAUGUUCCUCAUAUGGCAGAGGAUGUUCCUCAGGUGACUGAGGAAGUCCCUCAUAUGACUGACGAUGUUGCUCAGAGGAGUGAAGAUGUUCCUCAGAUGACCGCAGACGUAGAUGCGACUGUUGCAGAGGACUUAGGUCGUGAUGGUGCUGAGGGGUCACAUGCUGAUGAGGGAUUUCCUGGUGGGCCACGUGACCCAUCAGUUCUGACUUCAUUUGCGGAGCAUGUCGCACAUGCCAUUUGGAUUGGACAGCGUCCUGAGCUGAAGUUGGUGUCGCACGGGAGGAAGGUGGCGUUAAUUGGGAGGCCAGUGCCUACGAUUGAAGGGCUGGUUGUCGCCACAAGAUUAAGUCCAUUGAUCGAGUGUUCAGUUGUAACCGGCGAUCCUGGACUUAUAUCCGCAUUUGUGGAGAGGUGGCACAGGGAGACCAACACCUUCCACCUUCCAGUAGGAGAGUUGACGAUCACACUAGAUGAUGUGUCAUCACUCCUCCAUCUCCCUAUAAGUGGCGCCUUCCACAGCUUCAAGGCUCUUUCCGUGGACAAGGCGGUAUUUUUGUUGAUGGAGUUGCUCGAGGUGUCUGGUGAGGAGGCUAGAGCCGAGACAGUACGAGCGCGCGGGGCAUAUGUACGCCUCUCAUGGGUUCGGGAGAUCUAUGAGAUGAGAUGCCGGACACGACGAUGGAUUGUAGCAGCUCGUGCUUAUCUCCUGCACCUGGUCGGUUGGACUCUUUUUUCUAACAAGAGUGCAACAAAUGUUCAUGUGGUGCAUCUAGAGGCUUUUCGCGACCUGGGUCAGAGUGGGGGCUAUGCCUGGGGAGCUGCGGCCCUGGUUUAUAUGUAUGACCAGGUAGAUGAAGCUUCUAGGAUCACGACACGACAGAUUGGGGGGUACCUUACUUUAUUACAGUGUGUCACCGAUGAUGCGUAUAAGGAGACGUCCCCUCGUGCCUCCCAGUGGCUGAUAACAAAGGCUCAUAUGAAGGGAAUUAUAGGAGCGUCGUACCGGGCACGUUUUGAUGAUUUGACGGUCAUAGACGUGUGCUGGUUUCCUUACAGUGACCAUCGAGGGGUUAGGGGGUUUGAGAUGAUUUCAUCGUUCCAGGGUCAUUUGAGAUGGGGUCCUACGUUGGUCACAGUUCGACCGGAGAGGGUGCUACGCCAGUUUGGGUACAUUCAAAGCAUCUCUCCGCUGCCUGUUAGUGCUUCAUUGUCAUAUGAUGAUAUAGAUGACAGGUGGAUGCAUUUCUCGGACCACGUAGUAGCUGCGGGUAACCUUUGUGUAGUGCUUGGGUAG